UCUCUCUCUCUCUCUCUCUCUCUCUCUCUCUCUCCACCACAAGUUUUGGAAUUCUCAAAGAAAGAAAGAGAGAGAAAAAAAGACAUCGGCUUUGUCCUCAACUCACCACUGAUUGAAGGAAGAGCUUAUUAAUUAAUAUCCUCCCUUUCUUCAUCUGGGUUUUGGAUCGCGAGUUUUGGAUUAUUAUUGGUGGCAAAAUGUCCUCUGGCGGCGGAGAGGCGGAUAAAUCACUAGGAAUCGGGUCGGAUCCCAAAUUAGGCGGCGUAGGGAGCAGAAGCGCCGGGGAAGAACGAUACUUCAGGGCGGAUACUCUUGACUUGAGUAAAUGGGAUUUGCAUAUGGGUCAAACCUCUAGUAGCAGCAGCGUCGUCGUCUCCAAGUCCGAUUCCACCAGACCUCCCGCGAUGCAGGAGUGGGAGAUUGACCUCUCCAAACUCGAUAUGAAGCACGUCCUCGCUCACGGCACUUAUGGCACUGUCUACCGCGGUGUCUACGCCGGCCAAGAAGUCGCUGUCAAAGUGUUAGAUUGGGGUGAAGAUGGUUACGCCACUGCCGCUGAAACCACAACUCUCCGUGCUUCCUUCGAGCAAGAGGUCGCCGUCUGGCAGAAGCUCGAUCACCCCAACGUUACAAAGUUUAUAGGAGCCUCCAUGGGAACCUCCGAUCUGAGGGUCCCUCCUGCUGGUGAUUCUGGCGGACGUGGUAACGGUGGUGCUCAUCCUGCGAGGGCCUGUUGUGUUGUGGUUGAAUAUGUUGCCGGAGGCACUCUGAAGAAGUUCCUCAUCAAGAAAUAUAGGGCCAAACUACCCAUCAAGGAUGUCAUCCAGCUCGCUUUGGAUCUCGCAAGAGGGUUGAGUUACCUCCACUCCAAGGCGAUUGUACAUCGGGACGUGAAGACAGAGAACAUGCUGUUACAACCUAACAAGACGCUGAAGAUCGCUGAUUUCGGGGUAGCUAGAGUUGAAGCUCAGAACCCUCAAGAUAUGACGGGUGAAACUGGAACACUUGGAUACAUGGCACCAGAGGUUCUUGAAGGAAAGCCUUACAACAGAAAAUGCGAUGUCUAUAGCUUUGGUGUAUGCCUCUGGGAAAUAUACUGUUGCGACAUGCCCUACGCUGACUGUAGUUUUGCUGAGAUCUCUCAUGCCGUCGUUCAUAAGAAUCUGAGACCAGAGAUUCCCAAAUGCUGCCCAAAUUCGGUGGCAGCGAUCAUGAAGAGAUGUUGGGACCCGAAUCCAGACAAGCGUCCGGAGAUGGAGGAGGUGGUGAAACUGCUUGAAGGCGUGGACACAAGCAAAGGCGGUGGAAUGAUAGCUCCAGACCAGUUUCAGGGGUGCCUCUGUUUCUUCAAACCUCGUGGCCCCUGAUCUUGUCUUGCUUUUGUCUGAUAUUCUUGAGAGCUGCGUGAUUCUUUGGAUUUUGUAACUUUGAGACUUGGAAGUUGGACUGGUGUGCUUUUUUGGUCACAAGAAUAUCUCUUGUUCUUUUCUUUUUCCUGCUCGUUCAUGUAAUUUAUACUACACACAGUCGUCGUGUAAAUCGAUAAAGCUUGAGUAUUUUUGGGUUGUCA